AUGAUUCGAAUAAAGGAAAGAAGAAGAAAGGAAAAAAACAAAAGAGGCCCGAUUUCAACCUUCCGCCUCUCCUUCCUUCAGUUCCCUUCAAUUAAACAAAUAAAUGCACACAAAUGUAUAUUUGCUGAAGAUUACACGUUUAAUACCUUCACGAUACACAAAUUUCAAAUCCGCUAUUGCUUUAUUCUUCAGCUAAAGUUGCAGCAACGGGAAGGGGGGGAAGGGACAAACAAAUCAAAUCAAUCAACUCAAAUAAUAACAACAAUAUUAGUAAUAGUAAAAGUAGUAAAUAAUGGUAAUAAUAAUGAUGUAUGGGGAUAUGUAAGGAGGAAUAACUUGACAACGUCAUGGUAA